CUCUUGGCUGUGGGCUGGGAGGAAAUCUGAAGCUGAGACGCCCCCCCCCCCCCUCCCCGCCAGCCCCUUGUGCGGAGGCUGCACCUGGCGCCUUGGCAGGCUGGCCGCGUUCCUUCGCGCCAGGUCGCCAGCCCUCGUCCUCCGGCUCCGAGCGCGGACGAGCCGCGUGGGGCUGGGCACAUGCACCUGGGUGGGUAAAAGCGGCAAUUGCCGCGGGGAGGCGCCUCGUCCUCCUCCCGGCCGGUGCACCAGGGCAAGAUGUAGCCUCCGGAAACGAAGCGCGCGCGAGCCAGACCGGGAGCGAGUGGCCGUCUGCUCCAGCUCGCCUCCUGCAGCUGCCUCCUUGGCGUCUCGCGGCUCUCCAGCCUUUUUCCCAAAGUUACGGCCUUUUCAAGGAGUUUCUGCAAGGAGAACAGGACCGAGAUGGAGUCGGAGGGUUGUCCACAUUCUUCUUUUCAAAUUAAAUGUCAUAUUGACUCAAGAUCCGUCCUAGAAACAUGUGGUGAACUGCAGUGCAUUGAUCCUGUACAAUGUAUGCUUCAAGCUGGAAGAAAACCCAAAACCAAAUCUCAUCUGGCUAAGAAAUAUCCUGUAUCAAAACCUCAAGUACCUCCUAAACCUGUGCAUCUCCAGCCGACUGGGCAGCAGAAAAUUCCUCCAGCUCCAUCUCGACCUUUGCCAGCAGAUCCCAAGUUACUGAAAAGUCUUGUGGCUAAAGAAGAGGCAACGCAAACAUCGGCAGACAUCAGUAGGCUCAUCAAAAAAUUUGAAAGUAUUAGGCAGCCUAUUGAUGUUCACAAAAACCAGGUAAAUUUAGCUUUUAGAAUGGAACCCGGAAUGGAUUUAUCCAAACAGUAUUCCCCCAGCGCCUGUGAUGUGGUAACUUCCAGUGCCUCUCCUACAAAUGAAGACAAAGAGAUGGAUGACAGAGAGACUGGCAUGUUGUGUAGCACUGAAGUGUCUAAUACAGACAUUAUGAAAAUUAAAGAACUGAAUAUAGAGGAUACUACAAGCACUGAAGACUCUGUCGAUGUGAGUGUCAGCAAAACUUCUACAGAAGAUCUUGAUCCUAAGGACUCCAGUGGGGAACUAAAUGGAAAUGGCAAAAUUCCCAACAGAGACAGUGGCAUUGACAGCCCCUCUUGUAGCGUGGCCGGAGAGACUUUUAUGAAUGAAGAUGGUGCAGAACAGAAAAAGACGACUGUGACUGCUAAUCCAGCAGAAAUGGAUACUGACAGAAAGGGUGUCAUUUUUUCUGCUGGAGCACAAAAGAGAGAUUCUGCUCAGGAUGAAGACAGUGAUAUUGAUGAGGGGAGCAGUGAAGAGCAGGAAACAGUGGAGCUGCCAAAGCUAGAAUGUGUGGACAUAAACAAGUGUUCUGAGCCCCAAAAGCUGUUUAACAUUGCAAAUGAACUUCUUCAUACUGAAGAGGCUUAUGUUAAAAGACUUCAUCUUCUAGAUCAGGUUUUUUGCACUAAAUUGUAUGAAGCAGGAAUUCCACCUGAAGUGGUAACAGGCAUCUUUUCAAAUAUUUCUUCCAUUUAUCGUUUCCAUGAACAAUUUCUUCUGCCUGAACUCAAAACAAGGAUUACAGAUGAAUGGAAUACUAACCCACGGUUAGGAGAUAUCCUUCAAAAACUUGCUCCAUUUCUGAAGAUGUAUGGAGAAUAUGUAAAGAAUUUUGACAGAGCAAUGGACAUGGUGAAUACAUGGUUACAGAGAUCCUCUCAAUUUAAAGAAGUUGUUCAAAAUAUUCAGAAACAAGAAAUAUGUGGGAAUCUGACAUUACAGCACCACAUGCUAGAACCUGUACAAAGAAUUCCUCGCUAUGAGCUGCUCUUGAAAGAUUACCUUAAAAAACUUCCUGAAGAGUCACCAGAUAGAAAAGAUGCUGAAAAGUCCCUGGAGCUCAUUUCAACAGCAGCAGACCAUUCAAAUGCAGCCAUCCGAAAGAUGGAAAAGAUGCAUAAGCUGUUAGAAGUAUAUGAACGACUUGGAGGAGAAGAGGAUAUUGUUAACCCAGCCAAUGAACUGAUUAAAGAGGGGCAUAUUCAGAAAUUAUCAGCAAAGAAUGGCACAGCUCAAGAUAGAUAUCUGUUUCUGUUUAACAGCAUGGUGUUGUACUGUGUGCCCAAGCUGCGUUUGAUAGGCCAGAAAUUCAGUGUUCGGGAAAAGAUUGAUAUUGCCGGAUUACAGGUUCAAGAAAUUGUAAAACAAAAUGUUGCUCACACAUUCUCAAUAACAGGAAAAAAGAGGUCAUUGGAACUACAAGCAAGGACAGAAGAGGAAAAGAAAGAGUGGAUUCGGGUCUUUCAAGCAACAAUUGAAAAACAUAAACAGAAUAGUGAAACAUUUAGAGCUUUUAAUAAUUCUUUUUCUCAAGAAGAUGAACAUCUCCCAGAUUCAUCAAUAGCAAGCACCAGUUCAGUGGAAUCUAUGCCAGGGACAGAUGGCAUCAGCAGCACAUCUGGAGGGCCUGAGUGUUGCAGGAAAUCUUCCAAAUCGAAGAGAGACAAGGAGAAGCAAGCUUGCAAAAGCUGCAGUGAAAGCUUUAACUCUAUUACCAAAAGACGUCAUCAUUGUAAACAAUGUGGGGCAGUUAUCUGCGCAAAAUGCUCAGAGUUUAAGCCAUUUGCUGAUAAUAGCCGUCACAACCGGGUGUGCAAAGAAUGCUUUCAGCUACUAUCAGCCACAUGCAACUUGGGCAACGAAGCUGCAGGAGAACAAAAGAAAAAGGCCAUUACAGAGAAGCUGAGCAGUUUGGGAGCAGAAAACAGUCUCUUCAGCAGUCAAUUCCUGUUUCAAGAAAAAGGGAAAGCGUGGAGCAAAGUGUGGCUCACCAUUCUCAAGUCUGAGCCUCUUGUUCUGUAUCUGGAAGGAAGAAAUCAGGAUGGACCAAUUUCACGCAGCAUUCCCCUACCAGGAUAUGAAGUCGAUUUUCCACCUUCUGGUGAGAAGUUUGAAUCAAAAUAUGUUUUCAAACUCUGCCAUUCCCAACAGACUAUGCAUUUCAGUGCAGAGGAUGAAGAGCAGCAAAUGAAAUGGAUGAAUAUUCUCACCAAAGCAUCCAAAGGGGAGACCAGUGAUCCCAGUGAAAGACCCAACAACCCCUAGAGCUAAUACCUUUUCAGGUCCAGGGUAUGCUUGGAAUAGAUGGGAGAAAUCACUUGAAUUUGUUAUUCUUGGCACUUUGAAAAUCCAUAUGGCUUUAUAUUUCUGUAUGUCUAUCUAAGUAGUUUCCUUAAUGUACAUUCACCACAUACAGUGCUGAUUGUCUGGCAUAUAUGUUACUCGGUGGAAUAAGUAAGUGUAGCUGUUGAUGAUGUUUAUGUUGAUAUUAAAGAAAAUGGAGAAAAGCAUUAAUUUAAUCCAAGGUAACUGGAAAACCAUUUUCUCCCUCCUCUCUGCUCCCUUCUGUAUUUUUAUUCCUCUACAUUGUUAUUCGAGUGCAGAAUGUGUAUAGUCUGUGAGUUACAAAAGUUACAUGUUGUUCAAGCUUGUGGCUGGCCACUGACACCCAGUGGUGUCCUACAUUGUGGCAUUUUUUUCUCUUUUUUUAAAAAAAGAAAAAGGGCUCCUCUGUGACUUGUGAGCAACAUCACGGAUUUCUUUUGGUUAACAUUGUCUGUCUUUUCUUGAAAUGAUGUUUUCUACAAGACAUAUACUGUAGAAUAUAUUUCUGAAAUCUUCUUAAAUCCAUUGCAGAAGAUACCUUGAGAAGUCUCGAAUAUCAAGCAUUUCUAUAUAGAUACAGACUCACACUUACUUAUAUAGAAAUAUACUUGUUUGGUUUUUUACUUUACCAACAAUUUUCUUAUUUUUUUUUGUAUGAUCUCCUUUUUAAAGUAUUCAGGCAACUGUUUUAUACUUCAAACAGGGAUGUUAUCAAUAAACGAACAUUUUUAGUGCACCCCGCCAGGUGACUUUUUUUUAGAACUGUCAACUUUUUUGAGUAAUCAAGGAUUUAUUUAUAUAAUUUGUAAAUACCACACAUUAAGAAUUUUUUACAAAACUGAUGUGAUUGAGACUUUUAGUCUUCAGAUUAAGACACUUGUACAAACUGAAUUUGUAACCUGUUUCUUGUGUAUCUUGGUUUGCAGAAGUAUUUAUGUAUGCAAAUAAAAAUCCAUGCCAUUGA